AAAGAAGAAGGAAAAGCUACGGGUCCGUCUGGCCGCCGCUCCCUCUCCCCCCAAAGCAGCGGUGAUGAGGCGGAGGAGGCCCCGUGGAUCGGCGGCCUAGACGAGAUGGAGGCGGGGACCGCGGUAAAGGGGGUCGUCCUCCCAGAGCACGCCGCCGACCUCGACGAGAUGGAGGCCGACGCCGGGGGCGGAGCGACAGCGACAGCGACGACGGAGGAGAAGGAGUGCUGGGAGUACGAGGCGGAGUGGGAGUACGAGCAAGCCCUCACCUUCCGCGAUAGCUGGAUUUCCAUCUGGGGCGCCGAAUUCGGCUCCUUCGACCAAACCAGAUUCGUGCUUGGUAAUGACAGGUCCUACCCGUCCCAUUGUUAUGUUGGGUGCUGCGACCUUUGAGAUUGUGCUCAAAGUGAAGGAAGGCAGCACGGAGUCUAGGGAUAAAGUUUUAAGCUUCUUGGCUGUUCCUCAUGACAGUGUUAACUGUUUGGAGCUUUCCUGCACAACAGAUAGGAAAUACAUCAGCAAGCUUAGCACGCUGGAGUUUACAAUGAGUCAAAUUGCUUGCUCCGUGGAGGCAACAACCAGCGUGCAAAUGGUUGAUGGGUCGUCAUGGCCACACGGUGUCCGAGGUGAAUUUUCCGCCUAUACCACCAGUAUGGCCGACAGGAAAGUAGUUCUACUCAAUUCUGGAAGCGAGAAGGAAGUGGAGGUUAGUGCAGAUGGCGUGAUCCGGCUAUCCAGGCGUGUCGCUUCCGUUGAAUUCACCGGAGAGCUCAAGGUUUGUGUGGAUGCAUGGUGGCAAGGCGAGGUGAAACCCAAGAAAGCUUGGAAGGUUUUCAAGCCCAAGAAAGCUGGUAGGAACUAUGGUGCCUUCAAUCUUGGCGGCGUAUGUAAGAUGAAAGUCACCGUAGCCUGGUCGCUUCUUUCCUACUAUGCGGUUAACCGCCCCAAUAGUCCUUACGGUUCACUGGCUUUACUCAGGGAGGCGGAGGCAGAAGGACGUACUGUCUAGUAGUGUUAGAGUUACGAUACCUCCGUCCGAAAAUACUCGUCAUCAACAUGGACAAAAAGGAUAUAUCUAGAACUAAAAUACAUUUAGAUACAUCCUCUUUUAUUCAUUUUGAUGACAAGUAUUUCCGAACGGAGGGAGUACUUCUGGUGCGCCUUGCUUAGGCGUUGCAUGAACACAUGAUGUUUAGAUUGUACUAGUAAUCAUGUAUUGUAGUUUCAUUUAGAAUCCCAUGGCCAACUUUGUGUGGAUGCAAAGCAGCGCUAUGGAUUGAGUUGCUUUGGUGGUGCCAAGUUAUCCAUCGUUUGCAUGGACAAGUGUGGU